AAAGAUUUUACAUCAACUUUUUAUUUUAUUUUAUUGAAAGUACUGUUAUAGUUGUUAACUAACGAUCCCAAUUAGAUUCUUAUUGCCAAAAACAUAUCCCUUGCAAUAAUAAUUUUAUGAAAUUUUUCAUAACACAUUCUUAAAACUUUGUAUUUUUAAAUUAUAAAAAUGGAUACAUCUAGGGGAUUGGGAACUUUAAUUUUAUAACUGAAACCUUGCGAUACAGCAUCGACAGUUUUUUGCGGUACAAAAAUUCUAUCUGAGAAUUAAGGCUUACUAGAUUUUUACAUUUAUUUCUACCGUCUCCCUGGACAACGAGAAAGAAAAUCGCGAAACAAAUCGUCUCGUUAUCAAUCCGCGUCAAACAUUUCCGGUGUCAAUAACGCUCGUUUAUCCCACUUAUUGCAAGCACACGAGUCUUCAAAAUGGUAAAUAUAAAAAAAUACAGCUUAAUCAUUUGAUUUAGCAGUUCGAAAAUUAUCAAUCACGUUUUUCCGCAUGAUAAAAUACCAUUUAGGCUUUAUAUGCGCUAUCACAAUCUCGAAGAUACAACUCUAAACAUUAGAAAUCACAAAUUCAAAUCAAAAUUAAUAAAAAAUGUGAAUUUAUGAGCAGCGGGGACGUGUAUAGUUUAUUGUGAUAGUUUAACGGUAAAGGAUGUAGAUUUGCGAUAAGAUAUAUUGAUUAAUCGAAACCGAAAGCGCGAAGUGCUUUCGAUCCACAUCGGCCAAGGCGGCGUGCAGAUGGGCAACGCUUGCUGGGAGCUUUAUUGCUUGGAACACGGCAUACAACCCGACGGCAUGUUGCCACCGCAGACCUGCGCGAGCGACGAGGGCUUUCAGACCUUCUUCAGCGAGACAGGCGGUGGAAAAUACGUACCUAGGGCCGUUUUCCUCGAUCUCGAACCGACAGUGAUAGACGAAGUACGCACGGGGACGUAUCAUCAGCUGUUCCAUCCCGAGCAACUAAUCUCUGGCAAGGAAGAUGCCGCAAACAAUUACGCGCGCGGUCACUAUACUCUGGGCAAGGAGAUCAUCGAUCUCGUGCUGGAUAGGAUACGCAAAAUAGCCGACAUGUGUGCUGGUCUUCAGGGUUUCCUCAUCUUUCACGCGUUCGGCGGUGGUACCGGAUCUGGCUUCGCUAGUCUGCUGAUGGACCGGCUGUCCAUGGACUACGGCAAGAAGGCGAAGCUAGAGUUCGCCAUAUAUCCGUCGCCGCAGAUCUCCACGGCGGUCGUUGAACCCUACAAUGCGAUUUUGACGACCCACACCACGCUGGAGAACUCUGAUUGCGCGUUCCUCGUAGACAACGAGGCGAUCUACGACAUUUGCCGGCGUAACUUGGACAUUGAACGACCGACCUACACGAAUCUGAACCGGCUGAUUGGCCAGAUUGUCUCGUCGAUCACAGCCUCCCUGAGAUUCGACGGCGCCCUCAAUAUCGACCUCACCGAGUUCCAGACGAAUCUUGUGCCCUAUCCCAGGAUACACUUUCCUCUGGCGACCUACGCGCCCAUCGUGUCUAUCGAAAAGGCCUACCACGAGCAGCUUACCGUGAUGGAGCUCACCUCGGCCUGCUUCGAGCCGGCCAUGCAGAUGGUCAAGUGCGAUCCACGAAGGGGCAAGUACAUGGCCUGCUGCUUGCUAUAUAGAGGCGACGUGGUGCCGAAGGACGUCAACGCUUCUAUCGCGACCAUCAAGACCAAGAGAACAAUACAGUUUGUCGAUUGGUGUCCAACGGGCUUCAAGGUAGGAAUCAAUUACCAACCACCAACCGUAGUACCGGGCGGUGAUCUGGCAAAGGUACAAAGAGCCAUGGCCAUGUUGGCGAAUACCACGGCAAUCGCGGAGGCGUGGGGCCGACUGAACCGUAAAUUCGAUCUUAUGUUCAGCAAACGAGCUUUCGUUCAUUGGUACGUCGGCGAGAACAUGGAGGAAAACGAAUUUAACGAAGCCAGGGAGGACUUGGCCGCGUUAGAAAAGGAUUAUCACGAAGUCGCCACGGAUUCCUUAGAUAUUGGUGGCGAAGAAGAAAUUUGAUCGUCUUCAAAAGACUCGCAGUGAUAAUCACGUGCAACAAGAACGCAUGCACUUUGGUGGGAUAAAUAAACGUUUCUUUUUUUUUUGUUUGUUUAUUCGGUCGUACCAUUUUUCUAGGUCUUUUACAUUGUUUUGUUGUUCUCUUGUACAUAUUUUAUAUCGUUUUUAUUUUAGAUACGAGUUUUUUGCGUCUUUGUGAUAUAAUAAAAAAAAAACUUGGA